GGACGAGGGCGGUCUCAUGCUGAGCGACUUCCGCGUCUCCUUUCCUGGGCUGGGACGGCGGCUUCAAGUGAAACGCUCUUGUUCACAAACUUUAUCUCAAACUUCAGGCCUAUCCCGUACAUAUCAGCAAUGUCUCAGUCUGGAGAAAAAGGGAAGUUCCCUGAUGCAGCUGGCUACGUGGGGUUUGCAAACCUCCCAAACCAAGUUCACCGAAAGUCUGUAAAAAAAGGAUUUGAAUUUACCCUCAUGGUUGUAGGGGAGUCUGGUUUGGGCAAAUCAACACUUAUAAACAGCUUGUUCCUCACUGAUCUCUACCCUGAACGCUACAUUCCUGGCGCUGCAGAGAAGAUUGAGAGGACGGUGCAGAUCGAGGCGUCUACCGUGGAGAUCGAAGAGAGGGGAGUGAAGCUCCGCCUGACUGUGGUGGAUACACCGGGCUACGGCGACGCCAUCAACAGCCAGGACUGUUUUAAGACCAUCAUUCAGUACAUCGACAAUCAGUUUGAGCGCUACCUCCACGACGAGAGCGGCCUCAACCGACGGCAUAUAGUGGACAACAGGGUGCACUGCUGCUUCUACUUCAUAUCGCCUUUUGGACACGGUCUAAAGCCUUUGGAUGUGGAGUUUAUGAAAGCCAUCCACAGCAAAGUUAAUAUCGUCCCAGUGAUUGCUAAGGCCGAUACGCUGACACUGAAGGAGAGGGAUCGCUUGAAGAGGCGGAUUCUGGACGAGAUCGCUGAGCACGGAAUUCGAAUUUAUCAGCUACCUGAUGCAGACUCUGACGAGGAUGAGGAGUUCAAGGAGCAGACCAGAGUCCUCAAAGCCAGCAUUCCCUUUGCUGUGAUUGGCUCCAACCAGCUGAUCGAGGUAAAGGGCAAGAAGAUCCGCGGUCGCCUGUACCCAUGGGGAGUUGUGGAAGUGGAAAACCCAGAGCACAAUGACUUCCUCAAGCUCCGUACCAUGCUCGUGACGCACAUGCAAGACCUGCAGGAGGUGACCCAGGACCUGCAUUAUGAGAACUUCCGCUCAGAGAGGCUGAAGAGAGCAGGAAGAGCUGUGGAUGAGGAUGUGAUGGAUAAAGACCAGAUACUGCUACAGAAAGAGGCAGAGCUGAGACGCAUGCAAGAGAUGAUCGCUCAGAUGCAGGCGCAGAUGAAGAUGAAAUCAGACGAGUGAAACUAAACACGCACAUACACACAAUGCUGUCACCCUAUACAACCUGCAAAAGUUUUUAGGAUCCAGGUGUCUGCACCUCCAUGCCUCAUUUGUCCUUCCGUCUUGCCUUACUUGCCAUCAGUGCAUGACUCUUUAGUUUAAAAAAGUAAAUAAAUAAAUGUUUUUUAUGUUGUACUUUUCUACAUGGCUUUACAGUGAAUAAAAAUUCACUGGUGGAUUUCAUCAUUAUCUUUACAUUAUGAUCUGUCAGGCUGCCGGAUGAUCAGAUACGAUCACACUCGCGUUUACCAAAAGGUUUUCUGUUCAGUCUUAAUAAUAGCCAAUUGUGGGUCUUUUAUGACCACUGUUACAUGUGGAAAGUUGUUUGCUUCUGUUCAUGUCACACACUACAGCAUGAGCGUGUCUUUUUGUCACCUUUUCCAUCCACAUAAAUUUCUAAGGCAACUAUACAGUAAUAAUAAUCAUAAAAAUAACACAGAUGGUGUUUAAGUGCCAUGCUGCUACUAUAGUUGUACUUAUGAGGCGUAUGACGUCACUGUCUUCACUACAAAAACCUCAUGUUUAGCAAAAGUCUCUAUUUACAAUACAGUGGUACAUCGACUUACGACUGACCCCACUUACGUUUUCUGAGAUAUGAACUGUCAAUUGGCCUUUUUUUGUUUGUUUGUUUUGCGAGUAAAAAGUUUAAUUUCAAGCGCAAGGUGGUGACAGUUUCAACCGGUUUAUUGCCACUGCCAGCUGAGGUUUACUGUAAAGCUAAACAUAAAACAAGGACCAUUACAUGUUGUGUGCAUUUAACUAAACCACAUAACUUUGCGUUAGUGUGCUAGCUUCAUGCUAACACAUACUGUGAAACGCCUUAGACAGGCUAAUGAAACUAGCAUCCACGUAGCAGUGUUGUAACGCUUAAAGCAAUUUAUAUUAGAACACAAACAGCAGCAUCACUUGCAAAAAGCAUACAACAAUGCUGACAGGCAUAUAUUUAUUGUCUCUAAAAAAGGGUUAAUAUUACCGCAGAUCAAAAUGUAUAUCUCUCUGUAUUAUACUGUCACUUGGUUGCCAAGACACGCACACCAGAAGCAGCACAAUGAACUACAGUAAAGCAUAAGAUCAUAAUCAACAAACUUUAAUUCUUUACAUUCUAUUUUAUUACGUUAUUACAUACAGUUAAGUAGUGUUUUUUUUAUUAUUAUUAUUUAAUAAAUAAAUGUUUUGUUGUUUAUUUUUGGGAGGCUCGAAGGGCAUUUCCAUUUAUUUUAAUUUGGUAUUUUGAGUUAUGAUUCUGGUCACAGAACGAAUUAAAUUCGUAAGUCAAGCAUGGCCAAAUGAGCUGUAUUCAAUUUGUCAUUUUCAUGUCAAAAAUAUUCUUUUGUGUACUCGUAUGGCAUCACUGACGGGCCAUUCACAGUUCUAUUUUAUACUGUUAUGCAAAUGUACUUGUUAACCAAAAUGUACACUCGUUAACCAUGACUGAUUAGGUGUACAUCCACUGAAAUAAAAGUUUGUUUACAAAAUACAUAUUUCUACUUCCUGCUUAUGUUAUUUGCUGUUAGUCAUACGACUGCUGAAGUAACAUCUUUGUACAAUGAGCAUCACUGCUCUAUAUUGUUUGAUUGCUGUGCUUGUUUAUUCCUCUGAAUAAAUAAUGGACUGUGGCCCCAACAUUAAGUACCCAAAAGCAUCACCUAAUGAGAUCCAAUACUAAAGAUGUAUCAAACAUGUCUGCCUUUACAAAGGUAAUAAUGCUCAAGUUUGAUUGACAGAGGUAUUAGUUCAGCAAUAUGUUUAGUUAUUGCACAAUAUGUGUUAUUAAUAUUUUCCUUAUUAUUGAUUUGUAAAAUAUCUCCCUUUGCACUGUAAUUACAACCUCAUGCAAUCUUGUUUUAGUGCGAGGAUAAGAAAUAAGAAAGCAGACCUUGUUUCGUUCUCUAUCUAAUGUGUUUUCGCUUUGCUGUGAGACAAAAGCAAGACGUCUGUGAUUGGGGGGCUCCAGUUGCAUGAGGCAGAUGAUAACUGCCUGUUCAUAAGUGUUUAAAUGACUUUGCCUAAGGAGAAAUAGGCAGACUCUUCAUAGGGCCAUCAGGUUGUAUUUUAACUGUGUCCCUGCAAGAUUUUAUUAAACUGUUGUUAUUCUCAAA